CUUUCCUUAACCCCGGCCUUACGUAUUUCGUAAUGAUGGGAAUUCUGACCAUCUAUACCUCAUACAAGGAGAAGAGCAUCUUUCUGGUAGCGCACCGGAAAGACCCCACGGGAAUGGACCCUGACGACAUCUGGCAGCUUUCCUCAAGUCUGAAAAGGUUUGACGACAAAUACAGCCUGAAGAUGACCUUCAUCAGUGGCCGAAGCAAGCAGCAGCCGAGGGAGGCCGAAUUCACCCGCUCCAUCGCCAAAUUCUUCGACAGCAAUGGGACCUUAGUAAUGGAAACCUUUGAGCCCGAGGUCUCCAAGCUCCACGACAGCCUCCUGAUGGAAAAGAAGCUCAAGUAGGCUGCUGGCCACCUUCCCACUUAGAUCACGCUGAGCUUUCAAAGUCAAUAAAGCAAUCGAAGCCAACGCGAGACCCUCCCUUCUUUCUCUCUCCCUUCCUCGGCCCAUCUCUCUUUUGAGCAAAAAAAAAAAAAAGGACUUUAAUCCAGCACCGGCCAAGUCCAAAACUCACGGCCUAAGUUUUGGGUUGGUUUGGUUUCCCUUGAGACCACCACGGAUGUCCAAUCUGGAACCGCUUAUAAGACUGGUGGACCUCAACGUCUAGAAUUCCCCAGCCGUGUGGAAUUCUAGACGUUGAAGUCGUCGUCCCCCCGUCGUCGUCCCCGGUCUUAAAAGUUGCCCAAAGUCCACAACCUCUUCUUUUAAGAUCGACGACCUCGGUGCCGUCAGAGCUUGGCGAUUUUCUGGCCUUUUCUGUCCUAACCAAAGUAAGCAAAGCUCAUCUGUGUACAAGCAUUCCCACCCCCACCUCACUUCCCCUUCCAGCGACUGACGUCGUUCCCUAGUUGGGUCAUGAAACGUCCGCCAGAAAAUCGCCCAGGUCUAAGAGAGCACCAAGGACCACCACCACCACCCUCGCAGUUCGACCCUGAACGGCUAUACAUUGUUAAUUCUUUGGGAACUCGGAUUUUUCAAAGCAAUUUGGGGAAUGAGAAAAGUUGAGCCUCCAUUUUUUUUUGUGGGGGGGGGUGGUGUUAAAUUUUAUUUUUAUUUUAUUUUAAGAUAGUGAAGCCCUAAUAAGGCCGUUCUGCAGGCAUUGUCAAAACAAUCAAAGGCUGAAUUGGAACUUGAUUUCGACAGAGAACGACUGCUUAGUUAAUUCUGGCUGUGGUUUUCAAUUAUGUCUGUCGUUGAACCGAUUUGUCAAGGUUCAAUUUUCU